GGCGCGCGCUCCGGGCCGGACGACGGUUGCGGCGGGAGCCCCGCGGCUGGACCGCCAUGUCUGAGGAGAAGCCCAAGGAAGGAGUGAAAACGGAGAACGACCACAUCAAUCUCAAAGUGGCCGGACAGGAUGGAUCCGUAGUCCAGUUCAAAAUAAAACGGCAUACACCUCUAAGCAAACUAAUGAAGGCUUAUUGUGAGAGACAGGGCUUGUCGAUGAGGCAGAUUAGGUUCAGAUUUGAUGGGCAACCAAUCAAUGAGACAGAUACACCAGCACAGCUGGAGAUGGAAGAUGAAGAUACUAUUGAUGUGUUUCAACAGCAGACGGGUGGAAGGUGUUAAAUGAGCUGCCCUUGUAGAAGAGGAAUUUAAAGAUCUUCACCACAACUCAUGUCAUCUGUUUUGGAUUUGCUAUUAAAUAGUAAACAAAUGAACAUGCCAAUCACCCGGGAAAUUUAGGAGGACAUUUACCAAAAUUAUUUUCCUCUCUGACGUGCUGCGUGUGCAACUCAAAACUAUCUGCAGGGAUUAAUCUACAUCUUAAAUUGGGCCAAUAAGAAUUGUUUUUGUUUAAGUAAAUUGUGGGUUGUCUUGUUUGCCAUUAUCUCCCUUUAAACCUGUGACCUACGUGUCCACUUUUUUUCUGGGUCAGAUGUCCUGGUUCCCAGCUCUUGCUCUAUUCUUUUCCCACUACUUCAUUCCCUAAUCAUGUAAAUAAUUCACUUAAGGUCACCGCAGUGGGGAAUGUUUCUUCUCAGUACAGGGACAAGCUUGUGGGUGGUGGGACAGACAGUUGCGAGGUGGGGAAGAUUUACAGUACUGUGUGUUGUCGACGCAGUUAUUAUUCUAAAAAUUUUAAGCUUAUGAUACCGGGAUUGUACAUGCGGAUAACAAUAUUUAGAAUAGAAAUGUAAAAUAUUGCGAUAUUAAGUGUGCUUUGUCAGACUAUGCUAAAAUUGAGGGGGAGGUGAUGAAAGCUUUUCGGAAGGAGAAAGAGAACUGCCCGUCCAAGUCAGCCAUUGAAGCUGUAGUUAUUUUACCUGUUGUCCAAACCCCUCCCGAAUCUCAAGUUCCAGUACAGAUUGGGUUCCCUCGUGAAAAUGAAAACUCAUCACCACCACCACCCCGACCACCACCAGACACAGCUCGGUAUCCACUUACACGAAGCGUUGGGCAGAGAUUGGCAUAAUGCUGCUUUUUCCUUUUUAGGCAGAACCAAGAGUCGUAUCCCCCUUUCUCACUUGGUACUAGUGAAUGUGGCCUCAGGUUUCUUUUAAUUCUCGUUUCUGAUGAAUAAUCGUGAUCUCCCUAUUACAGCGAAAUCACACAUUUGAUGAGUAUGCAGCUGUGUUGUGUGUUUCAAAAAGCUCUGGAAAGAUCGUUAAAUAUGAAGGCCGUAAAAAGAUGAGUGACUUCGCAUUAUUCUAAGUAAUUCUCGCCAUCUUGCUUUCCCAAACGUAUUGAAUUUUAAAAUGCAUUUAGUGUGGUGACUUUUUAGUUCCAUAACGAUAUUUGGGCCAUCUCCACCAAUUACGAUUUUUAAUCGGUCUUCCUGUUGUCCUUCAAUAGGUCGCCCGUUGCUGCUUGAGGAAGUCAUGAGCUGCCUUUUUAAAAUAUUUACCUGACCAAUUUGACCGUGUUAGAUCAUCUCCCGCUUGCUUGAAAUCUUGCUGAAAAAUGUCUUUCCUUCCCUUUGCAUUUUAUUGUAUAUGGGCUAGGGAGGGAUAUUCCAUUGGAGCUGUCAUGUUUAUUCACCAAUUUGUACAUUAUUUGUUGUCCUUUACUACUGUAUACAGUAAAUAUAGUUUGGUACUCUGUC